AUGCAGGCUGCGAUAUCGAAUGAAGGACAGGAUCAAGAGCAUUGCUGCAAAUUCGGAAAGGUGUCGAGUCGAAUGCAUACAAGUGUCUUGGUCGAUAAGCUUCCAAUCUGCUGGGCCAUCUUCACUUUAUCGCUUGUCCAGUGGCGGGAAAGCUCUGGAGAUGGUGGCACGCGAAGUGAAGACAGGGCGUAUAUGGUCCAGACUGCCGGUGCAAAGAGCAUUCCAGCACAUAGCAGCAUUGUGUCCCCGAGCGACUGGCCUCGCGCAGUGCAGUGGGUUGUGUGGCUGUAUGGAGCUGUCUCGAACGCGCGACCCACAGCUUACAAGAUGACAAGCAACAUCAAAACAAAAAAGGGGGGCUGCAACGCUCAACCAGGACGGAACUGGGAAAUAUUGCGUGCAACGAACAGUCUGGUAGAUUCGGCCAACGAGGAGAGAUACCGCUGCGCCAGGCGUACCUAUCUCACUUUAAAUCUCUGGAAUUCUUUUGCGCAUUUAAGGGUCAACGCCAGCAGAUCCGAACAGCUGUUUGUUGUGAACAUCAACAAAUAUGACUGCGGCGAGGCAUUCUCGCGCGCUGAGGGCGAUGAGGUCAAUCGCACCUUGCUCUGUAAUACUCAGCUAGACCAGGCGAAUGUCGUCGAAGUCGGUCAUACUGUUCGGCGCUUCACAAUGAUGCUGCGAAUCUUGAAACGCCGAGCUGCCUCCUCGUUUCAUCUACUAUUCUUCUUCUUCUUUUCGCUCCAACCUUUGCGAAGUCCUGCAUUGCACUCUCUCCGUCGUCGCUCGCUUCGCACCGAAGCCAGGUCAGCCGUCAAUGUCAGAAUGGCCUCACCUCGCGCUGACAACACAUCGCACAUGCACACGAUCUUCGCCAGCAUUUGCCGCCACCCGAUCCGCCAUUCAUUACCUUUACCAGACCCUACAACGCGGCUCGACCCAGCAGUGUCAUACUGUGGCGAUUGUAUCACCUCACAAAACCUAACACGCGAAUGUGAGGAAGCACGACAAAAGUUGGCUGCAGCAGAUGUGGAAGACCACACUGCGCAUCAGGCUGCACGCAACAUCUGGCGUCGAGCAAAAUUGAAACUCAUCGAGCACGGAGAGCGCCAGCGCGAUCGGCCGACAGCUGAAGAUCUGCAGCGAGAAGACUCCAGUCCAGCCUAUGGAACACGAACACUCCAGCAAGUUCAAGACUCGAAUGGAAUUCCGCCUCCUCAACGUCUGCGGAGAACGAGAAGUGUUCGUUUUGACGAGACACAGCAGCAUCGAGCUGAAGGACAAUAUCGAAGAGUGUCUGAUUUUGACCGCUCACUUCCUGAAUAUGAGCCAGGGCAGUGGGCAGACCAGACUGGAGCCGGGCAUGUGAAUACGAGCGAUCCAUACGAGGAGAGCCCGGAGCUAGAUGAGUUUGCGGUUGGCGCGGCUAGGGAUGAAGAAGAGUGGGAGGACUUGAACAGCGAAGGUGAAGACGAAAAGUACGAGCACAUGACCAACGAGGAGCUUGCGGAGACGCAAAAGAAGCUUACGGCCAUGCUUGCGGCACUGAAGGAGGGGUUGGGAGAAUAG